UGCUGCAAGUACGAGACUACAAACGUAGACGACCAUCCUUCACCAGAAAUUGAUGCCGCUUGGGACAAGUCGUUCGAUCGUGCCACGCUGGUACUAGGUAUUCAUCUCCAUGAAGCCGUGACCCCGAUUCCACCAACUCGAAUGACAUUUGAGGAGAUGCACAAAGCCGGUGAAGCGGUUUCUCCUCCCAAGGUCAAGUAUCCGGACAACGUUGGUGGAGGUUUCAUGGUAUCCUCAAAUUGGAAUUCACUCACCUAUUACAUUCUUUGCGUUGUUGGCUCACGUGUUUUUCAGAACUUACUUCGCAAAGCCCUGUCGGAUCUGGCCCAGAAGCCUAAGCUACCUGUUCAUAGUUCAAGCUGCCCUGAUUUGGACGCAGAUACAGUCUUGCCUCAAAGACUUCCCACCAUACAUAGAUACAAUCACUCUCCGUCCACAUUCUUCCACAAGCUGUAUAUAACGCUACCCGUCAAAGUUCACAUCUUCCAAUAUCCAGAACGUUCUCUAACCGGUACCCUGGUCACUAGGUCACUACCAUCGCCAUCGCAUGCACUCGCACCCACUCUCUGCCCUUUUUCACGUAAUUACUAGUGCUCCCUGCGCAAAACGAGUUUACUUGGGACGAUGGUCCCACAGUGUCGCCUUCACUGCCACACUUUGCGUUCAUCGUUCACAUGUGCUAUUUCUUGUCGCGAGAUUGUAUCUAUGUUUUACCUCAUCAACAC